AUGGGAAAAUCUACAGUGACUCUGGCCUCUGGUCACGACAUGCCUCUUGUUGGGUUCGGACUCUGGAAAGUUCCCAAAGAAACAGCAGCAGAGACAGUAUACAAUGCAAUCAAAGUUGGGUAUCGACUCUUUGAUGGUGCCUACGACUACCAAAACGAAAAGGAGGCUGGAGAAGGUAUUCGCCGAGCUAUCGACGAGGGCCUGGUUAAGCGUGAAGAAAUUUUCAUCACCACAAAGCUGUGGAACAACUACCACCGCAAAGAGCAUGCGUUAGCCAUGGCCAAAAAGCAAAAUGCAGCAUGGGGCUUGGGGUACAUUGACUUGUAUCUCAUUCACUUCCCCUGUGCAUUGGAGUACAUUGAUCCUAGCAUUAGGCAGUACCCUGCAUGGUGGAUGGACGAAGCAGGAGCCAUAGCGCUGGACAAAGUCCCGAUUCGUGAGACUUGGGAGGCGCUCGAAACGGUCGUUGAUCAGGGCAUCUCACGAAGCAUUGGUAUAUCCAACUUCCAAGCACAAUCCAUAUAUGAUAUACUCUCUUAUGCGCGCCAUCCGAUCUCAUCGUUGCAGAUCGAACACCAUCCUUAUUUGGUGCAGCCAGACCUGGUCACUAUGGCGCAGGAAAACGGCAUUAUUGUGACAGCAUACUCUUCCUUUGGACCACAAAGCUUCUUGGAGCUACCUCCGGCUUUCUCCAAAAGAGCGAAAGUGACAGCACUCCUAUUUGAUACGGAGCCAGUGAAAAAAGCGGCUAAGAAAUACAAUGUCACUCCUGCACAGGUAUUGCUGCGAUGGGCAACUCAGAGGGACAUUGCUGUUAUACCAAAGUCGAACAAUCAUGAGAGAUUGGCGCAGAAUCUUCAAGUUACGGACUUUGAUAUGACCAAAGAGGAAUUGGAGGAUAUUUCGGCCCUUGAUCAAGGAUUGCGAUUCAAUGACCCGGGUUUCUACCUGACGCAACCUAUUCGCAUUUUUGCGUAA